AUGGAACAUAAUAAUCCAGGUACUCCACAGAUGUCAAGUGAAUUCCCUUCACAUACAACCACUACCACUCAUUCACAAUCAACAACUUAUGAAAACUCAAGUCAUUUUGAAAAAGAACAAAGUUUAAUGAGAUGGGAACAAGAUUUAAAACUCAGAGAAAAUGCUUUAUCCUCUCAACAAAAUACUAUGGCUGCUCAUGAUCCAAAUGCUCCACAUGUUGUAGUUCCAGGUCCACAUGCCACUCAUGCUAGACCAGCUAAUUUCCCAAGUGCUUAUCCAAUCAUGCGUCUCAAUCUUGAAGAGGAUAUUGCCAUUCGUGAAUACCGUCAAAUCGUCAAGUUUGGUAUUUUUGUUUUCCUUUGGGAAUCUGCUGCUUUAAUCUAUAAUUGGGUAGUAUCAAUUGGUACAAUUAUUUAUUCUGCUGUAGAUAACUUUUUCCUUGCCUUGUUUUACAUGAUUGUUGGUGUCCCAUGUUUAUAUUUCCUUACAAGAAAACUUUACAGAGCCUCAUGUGUUCCAGAAAGAGCUAGAAAAUCAUACGCUUAUCUCUUUGCUCUUAUUGGUGUCAUUGCUUUUAAUGUUAUGUUCUUUAUUGGUUUCAAACGUUCAGGUAUGAAUGGUUUAAUUUGGGUUAUUUCACUUUUCCACAAUAAACAUAAUGCUGUUGGUGCCAUGGCUACUAUUUCACUUUUCAUGUGGUUCGUUGGUUUCUUCUUAGUCUGUGCUCUUUUCAUCAUGUACUUAAGAUUAAAUAACAUCAAGAGACAAAGAGGUGAAAUUAAUAACGCUGGUUUCAGAGAAUAUAUCAAAACUCGUUAG